AACUCCUCCGCCGUCGUUGCGGUCGCUGUUAGAAACUACGCGCAUGAGCCUCAUGAAGGCCAUAUCGUCCCAGCACGACCAGACGACGCCUGCACCAGAAGCUUUCUCGACUCAAUAGAAUUUUCCACUCCGUCACCCCAUACUUCGAAACGCGUUUUCCAUCCGCCUCCCCUCGAACAUUCGAACGCGACCCUGCUAGAGCAUUUCAGACCAUUUGAACCGACCAGUUGAACCGAAACCUGGUGGGAGGAGGGAUCUAUCCAACAUCGGAGGUUGAAGAGCUGCGCUUGCCACGCACGCGUCGUCCCGGUUCGCUCUUUCCCGUAGACGAUGGCAGGUAUCGCAGCAUCACCACCUGGAUCUCCACCGGAGAAGGCGCCGCGGCCGAUGAGCGUCAUGGUGAGGCCGAAUCGCAGUGCGAGCCGAAUGAGCACGAGCAGUCGGCAAGGCGGGAGUCGAGCAUCGGAUGAAGAUUCGAAGACGUCCGUGAAAGUUGCCGUUCGUGUCCGCCCACCGAUCCGCCCCGGAGACCCUGGAUUUGAAUUGAUCCCACAGCGGUUCCGUGGUUCAACCGCCCAAGUAACCAGCCAAACCAGCCUGACGGUCGAAUCCGCGCAGGGGAAGAAGUUGUUCGUCUUUGAUCGCGUGUUUGGUGAGGAUAUCAAUCAAGAAGGAGUUUGGGAGUACCUCAGCGAGAGCGUCAAUCACUUUGUGCAAGGCUACAAUGUCUCGAUAUUGGCCUAUGGACAGUCAGGCGCGGGGAAGUCGUAUACCAUGGGGACGACGGGCCCGCAGGAGCAGAAUGAUGCAACCCUGAUGGGCGUUGUUCCACGAGCAGCUGCGGCGCUGUUCGAGAGGUUGACAGGCUCCUCCGGGGAUCGAAACACCACAUCGGGCAUCAAGAAGCCGCAACGAUACUCCACACACGGACUUCAGGCUCUUCAGAAUGCCGUGUCGAAAUCAGCAGAUAAGAAUUGGCAAAUGAAGGCCACCUACGUCGAAAUAUAUAACGAGCAAUUGCGCGAUCUCUUACUCGACGAGACGGUCCCGAUGAAUGAACGACCACAAGUCCUGGUCCGUGAGGACCCGAAAGGCCGCAUUUUCCUGAACGGCUUGAAGCAAGUCAGUAUCAAUUCCAUCAGCGAUCUUCUCGAUGCGCUGAAUUUCGGGUCUUCCAUCCGUCAAACGGACGCCACUGCGGUCAACGCGAAGUCAUCCCGAUCUCACGCGGUCUUCAGCUUGAAUCUCAUUCAAAAGCGAAGUAACACUCCAAAGGCAGAGAAGCGCCGUUCGAUGCCUAUCGAAUCCAUGUCGGCCUCGGAAAACUGGGUGACCGUGGACAGCAAGCUUCAUUUCGUCGAUUUGGCCGGUAGCGAACGUUUGAAAAAUACCGGCGCCCAUGGUGAUCGUGCCAAGGAGGGUAUCUCGAUCAAUGCCGGUCUCGCAAGCUUGGGCAAAGUCAUUUCUCAGCUAUCCUCUCGACAACCAGGAUCGCAUGUCUCUUAUCGAGACUCCAGAUUGACCCGCCUGCUACAGGACUCUCUUGGUGGAAAUGCAAUUACCUACAUGGUUGCAUGUAUAAAUCCCGCCGAGUUCCAUCUUAGCGAAACGCUGAACACCGUGCAAUAUGCGCAGCGUGCCCGGGCGAUCCAGAGCAAGCCUCAGAUCCAGCAGGUCGCGGACGACAGCGACAGACAUGCCGUCAUCGAACGGCUUCGUGCAGAGAUCUCGUUUCUGCGGGACCAAAUCCGUCUGUCGGAGCGAACGGGUGGACGCUCAUCGGCUCCGCAAGAGCGGGCAGAGCGGUCCAAUACCCGGGAGGUGGAGCUGCAGAACCAAUUGCUUGAUAUCCAGGAGAACUACGGCACGUUGAGUCAGCGACACGCGAGGCUGAUUUCCGAGAUCACCAAAGCUCGGGAUUCGGGAGAUAUGGAAGACACUCCAUUGUUGAAGGAUACGAUUGGCGAAAGCGCGGUGGACAGGUUGAAGCGAUCGACGUCCUUCGGCGAAGCCGUGGAGCAAGUUGUUCUCGAGUACGAAAAGACCAUCCAGAGCCUGGAAUCAUCUCUGGCCACCACGCGAGCAUCCUUGGCGAGCAGCGAAAGCACCCUGUUGGAAAAGGAAACCAAGAUCGCAUACAUGGACACCGUCACCCAGCAACUCCAAGCACGCAUCCAGAAAGCCAUGGACCGCGAGGCCAACGACGAGACCUACCUCCGCGACAUCGAAUCCCGCCUCUCCGGCGCCACGAGCGGCGAAGAGAAGAGUUCUGCCAUUGUCCAGAGCCUUAAGAAGGAACUCACGCGUGCUCGGGACAAUGAAGCGAGUUGUGAGGAGUACAUCUCGACUCUAGAAGAGAGGCUCGCGGAAUCGGAGCAGGACCACGAGAUGAUGCAGCGCGAGAUCGAACGACUGGAACACGUGGUGGAACGUCAACGCAGCAUUGGGAAGCUUGACACUCUCCUUUACGAGCUAGAUACUAUCCGUCAAGGCGACUCGAAGGCGGAACAAGUUGGCGUGAAUGGGCACGAUCGCAAGCAGAGCGAGGGAAUCCACUCGAUCGCCGAGCACGAGGAUGACGAGCAACUCAAUGGCGACGCCGAGCACAGUGACGACGGAAACCUUGAAGCUCCGGAGUUGGACCCUGAGGUAAACUCUCAGGACAAACCCGAGACCUUGAAGAUGGAUACGACACAAAGCGACGACGACCAAUCCAGCGUCUAUUCAGAGGCUGGGGAGGCUGAACCUGUCAAGGAACCCAAGUCGUCCGAAGGUCCUUCACAGUCUCGGUUUGUCGCCGACAAGCUCGAUACGGUCACUCACGAGCUUAUUGAUCUGCGCAUGGAGCAUGAGGUGACUCUUAACGACUACGACGAGUUGACUCGCAAAUAUAAGCUGGCGCUCCGUACCCUCGCCGAGCUGCAGGAUGCGGUCGACGAAGCACGCAACGGUCGUGACCCGCUGUCCGCGAACUCGACGCGCCCAACCUCCGUCGUACAAGGGAGCGAGGCGAACGGCAUCGCCGAAGACGGACAGCCAUCCACAUCGCGCACGCUUUCCUCCGAGUUAUGGUCGGUUGGUGAAUCCCAGGACUCCAUCGAUCCCUCCGAAGCCGAGACGGCGCAAACAUCGGCCGCUGCAACGGUCACCGAUGCCGGCGAGGAGGUCGCCGAAAAAGAAAAGGUGCCGGAGAAGGAAGGCGGCCUUCUCGCCCAGGAAAUGGACAACCUCCGCAAACUCGCCGAGGAGAAGGAAAAGACCGUCGCGGAACUCAGAGAAAGCCACGCGGAGCUCCAAGAGCAACACCAAGAUAUGCUCGAUUACGUCGAGGAACUCAAGGCGGAAGUCCAAAAAGCGCAGCUCGUGCGCCCCUCUUCCCCAUCGCCCGUCAUCCGCCGCAAAUCCAGCCAAACCGUUCUAUCCACCGACCGCGCCACCCGCUCGUUCGCUUCGCUCCGCAACAUCGCGCUCGAGAACCUCGAAACCGACCCGGACGCCCUGCAGAACUUCGAGCUGAACAUCAACGCCGUGAUGACGGAGCUGCACAUGCGCUCGGAGCGGGUGAGCGCGCUAGAGACCGAGCUGGCCGCCGUGCGCAAGGAGAUGGAGGCAAAGAUGGCCAUCAUCUCUGGGCUCACGCGCGAGCGCAGCUCGCUCAAGUCGUCGCCGCUGGAUAUCUCGGUCGUCGCGCAGUUGCGCGAUCAGCUGAUUGAGAGUGAGCGGCAGAUGCGAGCGCUGCAGGAAGGCCAGGGGAGGCGGGAGAAGGAGCUAAUGGGGGAGAUUGCGAAGUUGCGAGCGGAGGUCGGGGGUGCCCAGUCGAACGGUGUGUCUGGGGAGUCAGACGGGGAUGGCGUGCGUGGAGACGAUGACAACGCAACGCAGGUGAAAGUCGUAGCGCUGCAAACUGAGGUCGUGGAGUGGAAGUCGAAACAUGACGCCAGCGUGGAGUCGAUGAAGCAGACCGAGGCGAAGUUGCUUGCUACAAUCAACGAACUCGAGGCGUCGCUCCAGAAAGCCGAGGCGACACAUUCGCGGGAAACCUCAGCGGGCUCCAACGGAUCACUACCCAACCACGCUGACCAGACUGACCUGAUCUCCGCUUUACGCAAGGAGAUCGACGAGCACAGGAGCGUCGCGGCAGCCAAUGCUGCCAGACUCGCCCAACUGGAGGACUCCCACGCCAAGAUCCUGAGCAGCGUCGAAGAGGAUACCCAGGCUCGGGAGCUCACUGAGAAAGAACUUCAGACGCACCGCGGUCUCGUCCGGAACUUAGAAGGGCAGAUCGAGGAGCAUAUGUCGACCAUCAAGCUGCAUCAAGAAGGGUUGGAAUCACUUCGGGAGUCACAUUCGAAGGAAGUCGAGGAGCUCAAUGCCAGUGCAUUGGCAGCUCAGACUGAAGCGAGCCAGAAGUUGCUAGGUCAGUUGGAAGAGCUGAAGCAAGCCCAGGCUGUUUUGCAGGAGCAGCUAGCAACGACUCAAGAGGAGCAUCGUUCGGCAACGGAGGUCCUCAAGUCGGAGUUGAGCAACUCUCAAACGCAGCUGUUGAUGGUCGUCGCCAGCAUCUCAGACUCGUUGAACAAGGACGCCACGGUCGACAACGUCCACGAGCACGUCCGCGCUCUCGCCGACGAGCGGAAAGCCCUGCUGGAGAAGCACGAGAAAGCCGCGUCGCAGCAUAAAGAGGCGACCGACGAGCUGGAAUCCGUCAAGCAGAAGAUCGGCGGGCUGGAGUCCAAUGUCAGUGAACUGAAGAUGAUCAACGACGAGACGCUCAAGGAGCUCGAGCUCGUCAGCGAAAAGGAGAGGAAGAGCUCCAGGCUCGUGGAGGAGCUUGAGGAGCAAUUGAACUCGAACUUUGACUCGCAUCAGGCUGCGAAUAACCGACUGUCUGCGAUGCAGACUGAAAGGCAGAUGCAGCUAACGCAGACAAUGACCGCGAAGGCUGACUUGGAGAGGGAGCUCGAAGAAGCACGUUCAAGGAUUACUGGUCUGGAGUCUCAACUCGACGGUCGCCGUCACUCACAGCGCGCUUCCCUUCAACCGGGCGAAGCCAACGACCUCCAACGAUCCAAUUCCAAUACAUCCACCAGCACCAACCUUCGCAAAUCCACCUCGCACACCUCUCUCCCCUCCCCACCGCCCGCAAUCCCUCUGCCCCCCCUCCCUGGCAACCCCCCCGCCAAUUCCGCCCCAUCGCCGCCCACCUCCCGCCACCAAUCCAAAGACAUCGCCGCGGCGCAACUGGCCGAAGACCAAGAAGCGCGGAUCCGCACGAUCGAGAAGCACCUGUUCGCGGAGAAGCAACUCACCGCGACGCUGGAGGAAGCGCUGACGGACCUGGAGACGUCCUCCACGAAGCUGAAGUCCGAGAUGGACGGCUGGCGCCGCAAGUGCAUUAGCCUGGAAGAGGAGCUCACGGCGAUGCGCAAGGAGCGCAACGCCAGCCGGCUGAGCGUGCAGCAGCUGGAGGAGGAGCAGCGGAGCGCGCGCAUGCGGAUCGAGGCGGAGAAGGCUAACCUGGAGGCGCGGAUGGCGCAGUUGGCAGCGAUGAAUAAGAAGGGGAAGAAGAAGAGCGGGUUGAAUUGCUUCUAAAGGAGAGGAGGGGGUGGAAAAUUGGAAUCGGGCAUGACUUCAUGAGACUGUAGUAUGGAUCUCGGGGAGAAUUUUUGGGAUUGAUGGCGUCCUGGA